CGCUGCACUUCCCCCACUCUCUCUCUCCCUCCAGCCGGCGAGCAGCAGCCGUAGUCCGCUACAUAAAAUGAAGCGACCAUCAGCACUUUGGAAAGCUGUACGUGGCUGUUUGGAUUUGGUUGAUGUAUGAGGAGACGAUAUUGGUUUGUUAAGAUCUCUGUCAAGGAGGUCAAAAUAAGUACAGGGGAUGGACGAGCAGAAAUCCAACUGCGAAGAGAAUGACUCUGAACCAACAGGUGAUGACAGUGCCCCUGAAUCACAGCAUCUCUCCUCUAAAGGAGAGUCUAACAUCCCUCCUGGUGCUGAGGAUGUGCCUGGUGCUACUGCUGAUAGUUCCAGCACAUUUGUAGAGAGUGUUCGAGCCUGUGCUCUCUGUAACUGUGUGGACCGCAGCCUGCAUGGGCAGCGGGAACUGAGACACUUUGGGCCAUCUUCUGAACGGCCACCCCUCAAGCCAUCAGCUUCCCCACUGCCACAGCCUGGGAAUGAUGACCUGUCUUCCAUUGGAUUUUCAGAAUCCUCCUGUCUGGCAUCACUCUUUGAUGACUCAGGGGGAUGUUGGGUUCAUCAUUGGUGUGCUGUGUGGUCAGAGGGAGUGAAGUGUUUAGAGAACAAGGAGCUGAUGAAUGUGGAUAAGGCCGUUAUCUCAGGGACACAGCAGCUUUGUGAAUACUGCAAAAGGCUGGGUGCAACUAUUCGAUGCCAUGCUGAGGGCUGCUCACGGUUCUACCACUUUCCCUGCUCAGCAGCCAGUGGAUCUUUCCAGUCAAUGAAGCAGUUGGCCCUCCUUUGUCCAGAGCACAUUGAUGAGGCAGAGGGGUUGGGUGAGGAGGCUGGGUGUGCAGUGUGUGAUUCUGUAAAGGAGCUGAGAGACUUGUUGUUCUGUACGGGUUGCGGCCUGCAUUAUCAUGCAGCCUGUCUGGAGAUUGGUGCCACACCCAUCCAACGGGCAGGGUGGCAGUGCCCAGAGUGUAAAGUGUGCCAGACUUGCAGGCAACCGGGUGAAGACUCCAAAAUGUUGGUAUGUGAUGCCUGUGAUAAGGGCUACCACACCUUCUGUCUCCAACCAGCCAUGGAUUCUCUUCCCUCUGAUCCUUGGAAAUGUAGAAGGUGUCGUAUAUGUACAGUGUGUGGUAUUCGUGGACUGGCACUGGCAGGAUCAGCCCAGUGGUUUGACAACUACACUAUAUGUGAGAAUUGUCAGACUCACCGCACCUCUUCUUGUGGCGUGUGCAGCAAAGCAGCCGAUCCGUGUGUUCUUCUGUGCUGUAGCCGGUGCCAGAGGUGUAUGCAUAGUGAGUGUGCUUUACCGGGGGAGCUUCCUGAACACAAGUAUAUUUGCCUGAUUUGUAAGGAGGAUCAGCAGCAACUUGUCACUCAACCAUGCACAACAGAGACACAAACAAAAGAGUCAUCUAAGGAGGCAUCAGGUCAGAUUGAUUUGGCUGAGAUGACAAUCCAAACAGUUGCAGAAAUGGUCACAGAAGAGCAGACAGAUUUAUCGGAGGUAACAUCCAGAGAAAGGAGCACAGUCGAGAUGGGUCAGGCUCAGGCCAUAGCUGAACAGACGCCAAUGGACUUGGGCAUGGAGGCUGAAGUUGCUGAGACAACACAGCUUAAUAUGAACACCAUGGAGUCAGAGCCACAGUCAGUAUCAGAAACAUUGACCUCUGAGACUCCCACUGCGCCUCAUGACUCUACAGGUCAAAGGCCCUCUUGUCUACCUGUUGAGAGAGUAGAAAAAGCAGUCACCCAGGUGAAGCUGUCGUCCUAUUCCAAGGAAUCCAUAGCAGAGACACAGUCUAAAGGUCCUGAGAGUGAACAAACAGUGAUGCCACAGCAGGACCACUUGAAUAUGGAGGACAAGCAGGAGACCAAACCUUCAGUGCAAGUGAAACAUUCACCCCAGUUACUAAAGCAUGGCUUUGAUGGCACAGCUGUAACAGAACUGAUGAAUAAUUUUCCACCAAAGUUAUCAGCUCCUCCUCCCUCUUUGGACAAAAUGGUUCCUGUGCCAGCAUCUGAUCGACAAGCGAGAGCUUCAUAUCAGGAACCUCAGUCUCCUCCUCCUGUUUCUCUAGUUACUUUGUCUGUAGGCACACAAGAGGCCCUGUCUGCUGUGGAUGAGAAACGGAGGCUACUACCUCACUCUGAGGAAGAGGAAGAGGAAGAUGAGGAUGAUGAUGAAGAGGAUGAUGAUGAGCCAAUGAAAGAAAAUGAGCAUAUCAAGCAUGAUCAAGAGGUUAAACCGGAUCUGCUACUGGAUGAUAUGUCCAACAUGAGUCAUGGGGAUGAGAGUAGUAGUGGCUUUCUGGGCUCUCCAGGAGAACCAGAUCCUCAACUCUCCAUGGACCUUGGUCUUGUACCUACUGGUCGCUCUCACACUGAUAACCUGCUCACUGAAACAGAUGAUUCACUUCCUUUUGAACCUCUCAAAAGCGACAGAGAGAAGGUGAAGCGCAGAGGAUCUCCUGGUCGCUCACGUGUCAAACAGGGACGGAGCAAUAGCUUUCCUGGUAGGAGACGACCCCGAGGAGGUGGUGGAGGGAGGGGUCGGGGUGGGAGGUCACGUCUCAAAGCAAUGGCCUCUUGCAUUGAUGCCUUUUUGUUAAGUAUGGCCUCAGACACUGGACUAAGUAAAGAGGAAGAUGAUGAGGAAGAUGACACCAUGCAGAAUACAGUUGUUCUUUUCUCAAACACUGAUAAAUUUGUCUUGCUUCAGGAUAUGUGUGUUGUGUGUGGGAGUUUUGGAAAAGGUGUGGAAGGGCAGUUGCUGGCUUGUGCUCAGUGUGCCCAGUGUUAUCAUCCUUACUGUGUGAACAGCAAAAUCACCAAGACGAUGCUUCGUAAGGGCUGGCGCUGUUUGGAAUGUAUUGUUUGUGAAGUCUGUGGAAAGGCUUCGGAUCCAUCCCGUCUGCUGCUGUGUGAUGACUGUGACGUCAGCUAUCACACCUACUGUUUAGAUCCACCUCUGCACACUGUCCCCAAGGGAGGUUGGAAGUGCAAAUGGUGUGUGUGCUGUGUACAAUGUGGGUCCAAUUCACCAGGUUUCCACUGUGAGUGGCAGAACAACUACACCCAUUGUGGCCCCUGUGCCAGCCUAGUCACCUGUCCAGUCUGCAGGGAAAACUUCAUGGAGGAGGAGCUCCUGCUGCAGUGUCAGUACUGCGAUCGAUGGGUGCAUGCUGUGUGUGAGAGUCUGUAUACGGAAGAUGAGGUGGAACAAGCUUCUGAUGAGGGCUUUGCAUGUACUUCCUGCACCCCAUAUGUUCCAAAACCUGUGGUGGUGGAAUCGGCCAUUAUGGCAUCAAUAAAGAUUAAAGAGCCAGAGCCCCAGUUCUAUCGGUUGGAGGGCGUAUGGCUUACAGAGUCAGGUAUGUCUCUGCUACGCAGUAUCUCAAUGUCUCCUCUGCACAAAAGACGACAGCGCCGUUCCCGUCUUGGCACCUUAUGUUGUGAAGGAGGUCCAGAUGGAAUGGAUUUGAGGGAGGUUGAUGGAGAAGGGGACGAGGGAAAAGUCUGUGGUGAACCCAUGGAGUGUGAACCCAAGAUGGAAAACCCUGGGAGCCCUGAGAGAGAGAUAGGUGCCGAGGGAAGCAUGGUUGACUGUGAGGGUCUCAAAGGGGGUCUAGAAGAGACUGAUGAAAGCAAAAAAAGAAAACGAAAACCAUACCGGCCUGGAAUCGGUGGCUUCAUGGUGCGACAGAGAAAGUGUCACACACGAAUGAAGAAAGAAUUUUUUGCUCAGUUGGCGGGAGAGACUACUUUAGAUGGACAGCCAAUAGAAAGAACCAUUGAGGAUGUUUUGUCUUUGAUUUUAGGGCCCCACCCUGACACAGACAACAUUAUGGAUCAUAAACCUGGGGAUGGUGAGGAACAGACCAAGAAACGUCGUGGGCGGAAGAAGAGCAAACUUGAGGACAUGUUUCCAUCUUAUCUCCAGGAGGCUUUCUUUGGUAAAGAACUAAUAGAUUUGAGCAAGAAAGCAGUCCAGAGGCCAGGAGCAUGUCUUGUCCGACCUUCAGUACCAGCACCAUCUGGUCUCAAACCCUGUGCGUGUGAGACUGAGGCUAAAGAUUGUGUGACAGAUAAUUUGUCUGUCAAGCAUGAGGGGGGUUCUGUCUCCCAGGUUCAGGAAGAAGGUGCAGGUGUUUCUGCACCACCCUCAUGUGUGAAGGACCAGAUGUCAACUGAUCCUCACGACUCUGAUGCAGAAAAAAGUGAAGGUCUUCCGCAAGGGGUGGAGAAUCAAGACUCUCAGCAGUUCUUUAGGAAGGUGCUAGGUGUGACAGAAGGCUCUUCUUUGGGAGGCAUGAAACCGAUCUUGGAGGGCAGUAAGGGAGAACUCAGUCGUAGUGCUUUACCACAGCGAGCACUCAUCUCAGGUGUGGAAAAUGGUUCCCUGCCCUCAGCCGGAAUGAUGGAUGCCUUUACUGGUCUGUCUCAGUCACCAUUCUUUGACAUGCGGGACAAGGGAGGGCUGUUCAGUCCAGAUGGAGGAGAGGAGAGUCCCUGGGCCACUCCUUCUACUCCAGCAACCCCUUCAUCUCCACCAACUCCCACUGAGACGGAAGGUGAUGGAUUAUCCUACAACCAGCGAAGUCUCCAGCGCUGGGAGAAGGAUGAGGAACUCGGAGAACUCUCUACUAUUUCUCCUGUACUUUAUGCUAACACCAACUUUCCUACACUGAAGCAGGACUAUCCAGACUGGGCAAGUCGCUGUAAGCAAAUUAUGAAGAUCUGGAGGAAGGUGUCAGCUGCAGACAAGGUUCCUUAUUUGCAAAAGGCCAAAGAUAACCGUGCAGCCCAGAGGAUUAGCAAAGCUCAGAAACAGGCAGAAAGCCAAGUGUGCAGAACUGUCAAGACUGAGCCAGGGCGUGCAAAGGGAGACCGGCCAAGUUUGCACCUCCAGAUACCUCCACCUUCAGGUUCUAUGUCCAUCUCUUCCCAGCCUAGUUCAACUGAAAGUCACUUUCCCUUCCCCCCAGAUUCAGGAUCAUCCUCUGCCUUUUUCUCUGAUGGAAUUGUCAAGACACCAGGAUCAUCUGAAAUACAAACUGAUCCCUUAACUAAGCUUCCUUCUCAGUCUCCCCAUUGUCGCUCCCAACCAACCACAUCUUUUACCCAUGCAGGGGCCAGCCCCUUACAGGCCUCUUCCUCAGGUUAUUCUGCUUCCGGCCCACAGGGUCCUCCUCAGGGACGGCCAACCAGUCUUGGCCCCUUUGACAUGCAACCAGGAACUCCUGGAACUCCCAGACGGGCCCAGCAAGUUGACCCGUACUUCAGAUCACAACUGCAGCAGCAGCAACAUCUACCACAAUCACAGCAAGGCUCUCAGGAGUCCAUAGUACCACCAGAAAGUCCUCUUACAAGAAGUGCUACACUUGCAGAGUCCCCUUUCUUCUCCCCACCUCACAGUAACCAUUAUGGAGAUGGCUUCAGAAGCCAGCAAGCUAUGGGGCGUCAAGAAUAUGGCUCAUCCCCCUCACCUUCUGCAGUGGCUUCCUCACCUGUGAGCACAGGCCAGUUCAGGACUGAAGUGGGAGUACCUUCUCCCCGCUCUUCUUCAGUUGGACGACCUGACUUGGCCGCUGGCUCUCCAGCUGGAAUGGUGGAGCCUGGAAAUGGUUUGUUCAAGGCACCUAUGACACCAAGAAUCCACCAUGGUGAGGGCGGGGCACUUCAUCCUGGAGCUUCUCCCAACCACCCCAGUGAAGCCUACCGACAGUCUCCUUCCACACCCUUUUCUGAUUCUCAUAUUCACUCACCGCUCACUCCCAGACCACAGUCAGGAGAUGGCUGUUCUCUUGGAACUCAAAGGCUUCCUGUAACACAGCAAGAACUAUGCCCAAGAGUACCUUCCAGCCCACAGUCUCAGGGCAGUUCUCAGUCUCCACACACUCCUGGUGGACUUUCCAAUGAUGCUUUCUCUGUCCACUCUCCUGCUACCCCUCGUUUUCAGUCCCCAGACCCAUGUUCUCAGCCACCUUCCAGGCCGCAAUCUAGAGACCCAUUUGCUGCUAUCCAUAAGCCCGCUCGCCCCACCUCUGCCACAGAGGGAACUUCAAUUUACAGAAGCACACUUCCUCCUAACCAGGCAUCUUCCCUUCCACCACAUCCCUCCACAGGUUCUGUAGGAGAUCCCCUUUCUGGUAAACCAUCUGCUCCUUUGACUUUCUGUCAUAGCCCUAGCACAGGAGGCUAUCAAGUAACUCAGCACUCACCACAGAUGAUGCAGGGUCAGCUACAGCAGCCACAGUCACAAAGUCAGCAGGCUAUGGCAGCAGGAGCAGAGAACUUCACAUCUAGGGUACCACCAACUUCUGCAUCUCAGGAGGCUCCUGCUGUCCGCCCUCCACAUUCACCUCAUCAUCAGGCUUUGUCAGGCUCCCAAGAAAUGCCUGACAUUUCAGCAGUGCAGGACCCUUCAUUAGUUGGGCUCAGUCCUUCUGAGAUGGAGAAGCAGAAACAGCGCCAGAAACUAAGGGAGUUCUUAAUACGACAGCAGCUGCAGAAAAAUUCCAGACAAGAGAAGGAGGCAGCUGCUGCAGGUAGUGCUUCUUCUGGGUGGUCUGGAGGAGAAAUGGGAGCUUUUCAGCAAGAUAAGGGCCACAGAGCCCCACCACCUUAUCCACAGGAUCGUCUAACUGCUAGUGUUGGUCAAACUUCAGUGUCAGUGAAGGUGUCCAUGGCUAGUGGUAGCAUGGAAGACAAGAUCAACCGGCCACCACCAACAGGAACCCCUGCUAUGAUGGAUCCUAAUGCACUAAGGCCACCAGGGCCAAACAGACCUCAGGGAAUGUUUGCUCGUCCACCAUUCCCUUCUCAGUGGCAGGGACAGCCUCCAGGGCCACGUAGGUUUCCCCAACCUGGCAUGGAGGCAAUGGGUGCAAGGCACAAUCUCAAUCCAGCUGUCAACAUUCACCCUAUUGAGAACUUGACAAACUCUCAUACGAUGAUCCCAAGCCAUGUGGGAGAAACUAUGCAGCCAGUCGGUCCAGGACCCCCACCACAGUUCAUUGAGUUGAGACACAACUCACAAAGGCCACCCAUACGGCCCCAGUUUAUGCCUCGUGAACCCCACCCCAGACCACGUCUUUAUGUUCCACGCCAAGAGAUAGCAGCACCUUAUGUUCCACAGUAUCCCAUAGCUUCUGCUGGUGGCAUUCAAACAGAGGGAAGCAGUGACCCGCAGCUGGUUUUACAGCAGAAUAGGCUAUCAGUCUUAAUGCCUCAGUCUACAGGUCCAGUAGCACAGCAACUGCAACCCCAGGCAGCUACUCCCAAUACUCCGGUCACUGAGCGGCAGAGUCGGCUUCUGCAGCCGGGCCUAGUUGCAGAUCACAAACCUGCCCCAGUAGACAACAAUGAACAAUUGCCAGAAGCUGAUCUUGAGGGCUUGGGUGUUGCCACAGGAGAUGGAGGUGUGGAGGAUGAGGAUGACUUGGCUCUAGACUUAGACCCUGAUAAAGGAGAUGAUGAUCUAGGUAAUCUGGACAACCUAGAAACAAAUGAUCCACAUCUAGAUGACUUGCUCAACAGUGAUGAGUUUGACCUCCUGGCUUACACCGACCCUGAACUGGAUCAAGGUGACCCCAAGGAUGUCUUUUCAGACCAGCUGCGGUUGGUGGAAGCAGAAAGUGAAACACCUUCUUCUUCCUCACGAUCAACUCUUAAAAUGCAAGAGAAAACCAAGGUUGACCCAGGACGAAAGCUAUUGUCAACCACCACUUCCACUGCAGGAGCUUCCUGUGGCUCAACCACACAACCUCUGCUUUCUGCAGAAAUGGGAGAUGCCUCAAAAGUCAAAGUAGAGGACCAAGGCAUUCCCACUCAUCUACAGCCAGGACAGACUGUGGUGAAAGAUGAAAUGGGAGAAGCUGUGUCCAUGCUUCUUAGCGGGACUACACAACCAUCAAAGUCUGCUCAGCCAGAAGCUCGAUCUGCUUCACUCAGUUCAGUUCGAUUAGGGGGCGUUCAGUACCCUCUGCCAGGCCAAGUUGAUACUUUGUCCUUUCCAUCAGACCCUCCACAUUCAGAUAUUGGGGAUGAUCCACUGAGCCUGCCUGAUGUAGGAGGACAGCACUCUCCUGCUGUGGAUUUAGCAAAGGUGGAAAGCUCUUUAGAAGGUGAACUGCCUCUUCUAAUUCAGGAUCUUCUGGAACAUGAAAAGAAAGAACUACAGAAGCAGCAACAGCUCAACUCCCUCAAUCAGGCAGGCAUGUCUUCUAACUUUCCAAGUCAACAGACAAAUGUGCAGGCCCCCGGGCAGAUAAUACUGCCACAGCAUCACCGUCCACCACCUCAAAGUAUUGUGGCCCAGUCAGAGAUGGUACACCGUUCUCCACACAUUUUGCAGCACCAGCAGAAACUUAUAGGACCUGGAAUGGAACCUCACAUGGCCAUGAUCCAACAGCAACCCAUGAUGAGGAUGGCACAGCCUGGAGGGAUCCAUACGGGUCUGACCCAUCAACCGCAACAUCAGCCAUUAGUAAAACAAUCCCCUUUGACAAACAAUUUCAUCCCAGAUAAAGAUUUAGAAAAAUUUGUUACUGAUGGCAUUAUGGAUCCCAUUGCCAAGGCAAAGAUGGUGGCACUCAAGGGUAUCAAGAAAGUAUUAGCCCAGGACCCAAUGGGUGUUUCACCUGGCAUCAACAGGCAACAGGUUUCUCUGCUUGCCCAAAGGUUGGUCUCUACUCCUGGCUCAGAAUCAGGUCAACUUCCACCUGAACCAUCAAAGGAUGAUGAAACAAGUGACCCACCACAGUCAAGACCUAAUCCUCCCCAGUUUGUACAAGGAAUCAUCAAUGAUGCAGAACAGCACCAGUAUGAGGAAUGGCUUCUGCACACUCAGCAGUUACUUCAGAUGCAAUUAAAAUUUUUAGAGGAACAGAUUGGAGCUCACCGCAAGUCACGCAAAGCGCUGUGCGCCAAGCAGCGCACGGCUAAGAAAGCUGGCAGAGAGUUUGCUGAGGCUGAUGCAGAGAAACUCAAGCUGGUUACAGAAGAGCAGAGCAAGAUUCAGAAACAGCUUGACCAGGUACGCAAGCAGCAGAAGGAGCACACCAAUCUUAUAGCGGAGUACAGAAGCAAACAGCAACAACACCAACAAGGCUCAGGUCUUCUGACUCUUGGAAACUCCACCCAGGCCCAUCCUCACAUGUUUUCUAAAUUGUCAGGCCAGAUUAUGAUGGGCCAACAAGGAACACCAUCACUGGGCCAGCAUCAUGGCAUGAUGACCCAAGGUGGAAUGCCUGUUAGGAUGCCCCAAGGGCAGCCUUUUAUUGGGGGAGGUCAACCCCAACUUCGUGCCUCUCUUGGUGCCAGGGGGUCUGCUCCUCCUGGACCUCCAGCUGGAUUCUUUUCACAGGGCCCAGCUAUGCAAGGGGCAGACCCAAGACUAAUGCAAGAAAGACAGCAUCAACAUAGGAUGCAAAUGGCAAAACUCCAGCAGCAACAAAUGAUGGGCCAGCAACCAAUACCACACUCGGGGCAACAACCUAGUUUAAUCGCUCAGCCACACUCUGGUAUGAUGGGAAAUCCACAUAUAACCCAACAACAACCAAACAUUCAGCAGGGAAUGGCGACUAACCAGACCAAUCAGCAGAACAUGGUGCAAGUUCCACAAGGAAUGAUUGGAGCUCAAACUGUGGCUCCACCACCACAGAACCUUAUUGGAGGCCAGCCAGUUAGCCAUUCUCAGGCCAUGAUGACAACUCAGCCAGGGAUUAUGGGAAACCAGCCUGUUGCCCCUCUGCAGCAACAAAGGCCUCCGUUAAUGAUGAGCCAACAAGGGAUGGUUGGAUCUCCAGGUCACCCUAGUCUCAGGGGACACCAAGCCCCAUUGACACCACAGCAACAAAACAUUCUAGCCCAGCGUAUGCUUGUAUCGCAGCAGAAUGUUGUAAAGAACCUGGCCCAUCUUCAGCAGCAACAGAUUGCACAGCAAAGACAACAAACUCAAUUAAACAGCCACCCCAGCCAAGAACAAGGUGGACUCUCCCAGUCUUCCACCCCACAGAAGGGGUCAUCGCCUUUAUCAGAAAGCAUCACAUCUCAGCCGCAAGGAGUUACUGACAACAUACAGACGCUUCCAGAAGACAAUCAAAAUGCAGGCUCCAAGGAUGGUCGGAUGCUUAGCCCGGAUUCAAGAACUCCACCACGGCAGAGUGGACCAUCUACACCCAAUCCAGUGUCCCAGAUAAUGGAUGUUCAAUCUGACAUGGGACGACCACAGUUAGACCAGCAGCCACAUCAAAAUCAGGUUUACAUUGAUCAGCAACAACAACCACAUCCACAGUCUCUACCAGAGCAACAAUCAGGUUUAAUUGUAAGUCAAAAAAACCAUGUGCUUCAGCAACAGCAACAACAGCCACUCACUCCACAGAGGCAAGAGUCUAUCAGUGCUGACAAUUCUGGUUUGAUGACAGUUAAAGAGGAGGUGAAACAGGUUGAUUUUACAGUUCAACAGCAACAGCCGCCAACACUUCAUAAUGUUAUACAGCAUUCAAAAGAUCAGAAUAUCCAACAGCAGCUCUUGGUCCAGAACCCCGCCGCACAACCUGUUGUGAUGGGUCGCAGUCCACAACAGCAAGCUCUCAUGGUUCAGCAGCAGAAACAGGCCAUUAUGGGCAUGAUGAGAGCCCAGCAGCAAGGAAUGACGGCACAACGGCCAGGGGUUCCGCCUGGACAGAUCCGCACCCCAAUCAACAUCCAGGCUAUUAUUGCACAGAAUCCUCAGCUUCGUAAUCUUCCUCCAAACCAGCAGAUACAGCACAUCCAGGCAAUGAUCACUCAGAGGCAGCUCCAACAAAGUCAGAUGUUACGUAUGACAAUGGGUCAAGGCCAGCAAAAUCAGUUGAGGUUUCAUGUGCCACCAGGACAGGUUGGGCAGCAGAUGCCAGGGGUGGAAAACCAGCAAAUGCCAUAUGGAGCCAUAGGAAAACAGGGAGCAAUGGGCACACCGCCAUCAGGCAUGGUAGGCCAACAACCUGGAGUUGGCCUCCAGACACAGCAGGUUAUGAUGGCUCCUGGUUUACAACAGCAGCAAGUAGGAGAGGGGAUUCAACAACAGCAAGUAAUGAGAGGCCAAGUAUCAGUUCCACAUUCCCCAAUGGAUCAGGGCCGCAUUGUAACACCUACAUCUCCACGCCAACCAUUGUCCAACUCACCUGGAGAUCCCCAGCGGCACACCCAAGCAGUGGGGAUGUGUCUGCCCCCUCCUAAUCAGAGCCAGCAGCAGUCCUUAAUGGGAGUGCGGAUGCAGAGUGCGCCAUCCCAGGCAUAUUCCCCCAGAGGUACUUUUAUCCAGAGAGUUGAUUCAGGCAAAAGCCCAGGCCACCCGGCCUCUUCACCUUCUGUAUCUGACAAUAGGGUUGGAAGGGGUAGUCCAUACUGUCAAAUCAAGGCAUCUCCUCUCAGGUCACCUGAGGCCAAGAGCCCACUUGACUGCCUAGGACUGAAAAUGGAAGCGCACGCUUCAGGCAGUGAAAAAUCUUUGACAUCCUCUAUACCUCCUAAUGGGCCACAAAAAUGCGAGAAUGUUCAGAAACAGCAACUGAUUGCAGAAUGUCAUGUUUCUCACACAGAGCAUGGCUCUAAAGAAGGGACUCUGUGUAAGAAGAUCUUACAGAACAUUAAGCAGGAACCAAGGGAGGUUCAUUGUGACAGUGAGGGUGAGGCACGUUCUGGGGCUGUAAAGAGAGAAGCCACAGGUGAGCUAGUUGGUUCUGCAAAUGACAAUAAUGUUAUUAAAGCCACAAACUCUCAAUGUGCUAGAUCUGAGACUGGACAGCAGCUACUUCAGAAACUUCUAAGAACCAAAAACCUUCAGCUUGGUGCUCAGAGGCCCCCUGAAGGUAUACAUAAUGAGAUUAAUGGUCAUAUCAACAACAAACUAGCCAUGCUGGAGCAAAAACUUCAAGGGACCCCACAAAAUAUGGAGGAUUUACAGUCUAUUACAAAAAAGGUUCCAGCACCAAAGCCAAAGCGCACUAAUAAGCCAGCUGCAGAACGAGGUUCAAACUCACGGAAGAAGAAUAAGAAGGAAGAAGUUGGCAGAAGUGCAGAAGUUCUGAUAAAACAACUAAAACAGGGUCUCUCUUUGCUCCCGCUGAUGGAACCAUCCAUAACUGCUAGCCUGGACCUGUUUUCCCCCUUUGGAAGCAGUCCAUCCAAUGGAAAAGCCAAACUCAAAGGAUCCUUUGGAAAUGCAGUACUGGACAACAUCCCAGACUACUAUUCUCAGUUACUUACUAAGAGUAACCUCAGCAACCCACCAACACCUCCAUCCUCCCUGCCACCUACACCUCCACCUUCAGUACAGCAUAAAAUUCUCAAUGGUGUGACAGCUGGGGAGGAGUUGCCUGAGAGUCGGAAAGAUGCUGUUAUAGAGGAGGUGAAGAGUGUAGAUAUUCUAGCGGCUCUGCCCACUCCACCACAUAACCAUAACGAGGACAUCAGGAUGGAAAGUGAUGAUGAGGAUGCUCCAGAAAGCAUCAUUCCAGCAUCAUCCCCUGAGAGUAACCUCGGUGACGAGACAUCACGUUUCCCUCACCUCAGAGAACCCAAAGAGGAGGAGACUGAGAGAGCAAUAUCUCCCAUUAUCCCAGUCAUACCUCGCUCUGCUAUUCCAGCAUUCCCAGAAAACAAAUCAUUUGAAGCUACUGACAGCCGUAUAGUCUCCACAGCCAACAACUUGACCAUAGCCAAGAGCAAUGAGGUGUCCGUUACUUUCACAAUGUCUUCUGCUGCAGCCAAGAAAUUAAACCAUGUCAUGAUGGCCAUGGCCCAGCUGCUUAACAUUAGGAUGCCAGGCUCUUAUGAGGUGACGUUCCCACCUGACAUGGUUGGAAUGAACGGGCCUGGAAAAGGAUGUGACCAAUCAGGGGCUGUGUCUUUAAAGGACGAUGCAUCACCCAACCCAGAUGAAUGGCUGAGACAGUUAGAUGUGUCUCUACCAGGAUGUACACUGAAGAAACAAGUGGAUAUUCUGUCACUGAUCAAACAGGAAUUUCAGAGAAUGAUGAGAAACCAGUGCAGCAUUGCUACACCACCAAUGUAAAUGACUUGGAUGUGCGUCACCUUCCAAUUAUACCUGUGGAAGAAUCUCCUCCACCAUCACCAUCCCCUCCACAUCCUUCACCAUCUGCUCUGGAUCAAACUGAACCUUCCAAAAAAUCACCAUCUUCUCCCUCUAGCCC